CAACAACCGUAUUCAAAAUUUAUCAUACGUAGCAGCGCAGCCUUACUUCACUUCUAUUUGACUACGAUAAUUCAUCGCGAAAAUAAUCCGACGGGAAAUAUCACCACAAUUAUCCGAAUUAACCACUGCCGUUCGCAAAAAUGCCACCCUUCAAGGAUGAGCAUAUCCUUAUUAUUGCGCCAGGCUCACAAACUACUCUUGCUCAACUAGGUCUUCCGGAAUCCUUCACUCCACCACAACGACGACUCGCUACACGUAUGUUCCUAGCUCCUGAUGGGAAAACAUAUGAGCCAUACAAAAUUCGGCCGAAAAAGAAAGAUGCCUCAGCUACAACAAAUGGUGAUACCGAGAUGGGAGGAAUUAAGGAAAACAAGGAAGAUGAGGAAGAGGAAUUAGAAGAGGUUCCUGAGGAUGACGAAGGUGCUAUUUGGCCAUUGAAAGGUUUGCGCGAUUUUCCUUACAGAUUUUACAUGUACUGAUAAAGUUCAGAUGGUCGAAUCGAGAACCUCCCUGCCUUUUGCGCUUUUCUCCAUCAUGUUCACAAUCAGUUGUCGCCAACUCUUCAUACUCCUGUUAUGUUGAUCGCACAACCUGCUUGGACAGCCAAGAAUCAUGAAGACCUUACUCAAUUCAUAUUUGAAAAGUUUAGAACUCCCGCGCUUUGCAUUAUGGACAGUGCAUUGGCAACUUCAUAUGCAUUUGGAAUUGCAAACUCAACGGUAAUUGAUGUAGGAUUUGAAAAGGUUGACGUUACUGCUGUCACAGAUUUCCAAAUAAGCGGUAGAGGAAAUGUACCACAAUCGGGUGGAGAGGCUAUGACAUUGCGUUUGCAAGAGUUACUCAAGUCGAAGGGUUUUACAAGGGAUAUGGCUGAGCAAUUGAAGAGGAGUCCAAUUUGCGAGAUCUUACCUCCGGGAACCCCUCUACCGGGAGGUGAUGAGAUUGUUGAGGCGGUAAGCAACCCUGCCGCUGCGGCCUCCACUGGUGCACCUUCUUCUGGGCCAAAUGUUAGGGUUACAGAAGCUCCUCGCGGACCAGGGCACAAUACUGAGGUGGGAGAGGAAGAUACCAUCAAUGGCGUUGAUGCUACAGAGGAUGAUGGCGUUUUAGAUGUUGCCAGUAUUGUGGCAAGUGGGAAAACCCAAGAGUAUCUGGCGAAGAUCGAAAAGGAGAAAGCUGGAAAAGCUUCCAAAAAAGCACAGAAGGAUAAAGAGGCAGCGGAGGCAGCAGCAGCUAAGCCAGUGAGGUUACCAAAUUCAAAAAGACCUCGCGCAACGUUCCACUACGAAUCAUCACUUCCUGAGCCAGAUGCAAAACGCCAAAAGACACCUGAGCCAGUAACUACAACGAAUCAUGAAGGAGCACAGUCUCCUACCGAUUGUACUAAUAAAACUACCGACACAACCACAGAACCACCCAUUGAGGCUACAACAAGUACCGAUCCGGCUGCUGCAGUAGAUGGAGCUGUUGCUCGUGAACAAGCAAAGACAGCACGUAGACAGAAAGCUUGGGAAGAUGAGCACCCAGACCGCAUGAGGAGAGAUAUUGAUAUCGGCUUAGAACGAUUCCAAGCAGCAAGUGAAAGUUACAUGGACGCCAUCGCCGAUACUGUCUACAGGACAAUUCUUUCUGUCGACGAUAUUUCCAAACGCCAAGAUGCUUGGGACUCUUUGAUCAUCUGUGGGUCAGGAUCAAAGGUUAGGGGCUUCAAGGAUGCGUUGAUUGCAAUCCUCAAUAACCGAUAUCUCAUCUCACCAAGUUCUGCAACCAUGUUCAUGAGCGAACUCCCAUCAAACCUAGCAACACCUACUGGCACAGGGUCCAUGACACCUAAUGCUUCUUUCUCAUCGACACCACAUCCAGUACCCUCAGCCAGUGCGGUCAAUCCUUUACUUCUUGCAGCGACUACCGCAUCUAAUCCUGCACUUAAUCCUAACAAUUCAAUCGCUUCAUUCAACGGUGGAGCAAAUGCUCAGCAUUCAUCACACUCCCAGUCGCCUACUAGCAUCAAGGUCGCCAAUCCUCCAGGAUAUUUCCCAGAGUGGAAGACUUAUGAAGAGGCCGUGUUCUUGGGAUCUCAAGUAGCUGCCAAGGUGAUAUUCGUUGUAGAUCAAGGAUUGUCGAAGGGAUUUUUAUCCCGAGUUGAUUUCAAUGAAGAGGGACCAACUGCUAUUCACCAAGUGUAAGUUUUGCUUUGCUUCGAUCCUGAUAUAGAUGAUAUGUACUGAUACAGAAAUAGUGGACUUGUGUAUUGAACUAUUCUAAGAGGCGCAUGUGGUGGUGCAUUUGGAUUAAAAGCAGAGGAUUAUGAUAAAUUUUAAAACAAAACUUAUACCCAUAUUUUCAUCAAAG